AUGCCCGCACUGAAGCACAACCUCAAGCGCAACAAGCCCGUCCUGGGGAAGAAGCUCAAGCCCGCCGUUGUGCACUGGAACAAGGUGGCAGAUCCGGCCAAGUCCUUGAGCACGACUGCGGGCCCGCUCGUGUCCACCAUGGUGGCGCUGGUGAAGGACGACGGCGUCGUUUUGCUCGGGUACCAGCUGAGGUCUCCGGAAGCACACCAACUGUUCUGGGGGAAAUGUGUGAGAGGGUUUUUGUGA